UCAGGCCCUGAGCAGGUACAGGAAGUUACUCCACCUACAGGAAGUGACAUCACAUGUUUGAAGUAGUGAACAGACCGGCCCUGCAGCUGCUGCGUGUCUGUGUGUGUGAGCUGAUCUGUGGUCAGAGUGUGGACGCCUCGACAGGAAACACACACACAGAGGAUGAUGGGACUGAAGACGCUGCUGCUCGUCUCUCUACUCGCCGUCCUCAGCGACAGGUCGGUGGCUGGCAGCCAUCGUGGCGGCCGCCUCAUGCCCGGCGCUCCGUUCAACAUCAGCAGGAACGACCGCGGCCUCCAGCAGGUCGUCCUCACCACCACCUACUCCUUCAACAACCAAUCAAACGACGCUUUCCUCUUCAGACCCUCCGCCAUCCGCAGAGCACAGAGACAGAUCGUUAAAGGGAUCAGAUACAUCGUAGAUCUGGAGAUUUCUAGAACCGUCUGUCGUAAACGAGACCACGACAACAUCCUGUCAAAGUGUGACUUCCAGCCUGAAGGUCGUCUGCACCAGACGUUUCAGUGUCACUUUGAAGUCUGGUUGAUUCCCUGGCAACAGGAGACCAAGAUUCUGGUCUUCCUCUGUGGACCCUGAGACCAGCAGCUGAUCCAGAUCCACCAGGUCUCUCCUCUGCUCCUGUGGUGACAUCCACCUGAUCACCUGUUCACCUGUAACACCUUGUUCACCUGUCUCUGCUCUAAACCUCAUCUCGUGUAUAAAAUGAAACUUUCUCACUUUUGUCACAAUAAAAACAAGAAGUCUUUGA